GCUUCCUGCAUCGCCCGCGCCGCAGCCGCAGCCUCCAUGCCCCGCGCCGCCCCCCGGUGGCCGCCGCUCCUGCUGCUGCUGCCGCUGCUACCGCUGCUGCUGCCGCCGCCGCCGCCACUCGCCCGCGGCGCCCCGGCCAGGCCUGCAGGCGGGGGGCCGGCCUCGGCGCUGGUGGUGCCCACGCGGUUGCCGGGCGGCGCGGGCGAGCUCGCGCUCCACCUGUCCGCCUUCGGCCGCGACUUCGAGCUGCGCCUGGCGCCCGACGCCAGCUUCCUGGCGCCCGAGUUCAAGAUCGAGCGCCUCGGGGGCCCCGGCGGGGCGGCCGGGCGCGAGCAGCAGCUGCGCGGCUGCUUCUUCUCGGGCACGGUGAACGGGGAGCCCGAGUCGCUGGCCGCCGUCAGCCUGUGCCGCGGGCUGAGCGGCUCUUUCCUGCUGGACGGCGAGGAGUUCACCAUCCAGCCUCAGGGCGCGGGGGGCUCCUUGCACCGGCCGCACCGCCUGCAGCGCUGGGGGCCCGGGCGCGCCGCCGCCGCCGAAGCCCAGCCCUUGCCCGGAGCGCCCGAGGGGGAGGCGGAGAAGGGAGAGGGUCAGAGGCAGGAGGAGGCGGAGGAGGAGGAGGAGGAGGAGGAGGAGGAGGAGGAGGAGGAGGACGAGCAGGGCAAAGAAGAGGAGGCAGAAGGCGCCAGCGAGCCGCCGCCGACCCUGGGGGCCACGAGCAGGACCAAGCGGUUUGUGUCUGAGGCUCGCUUCGUGGAAACGCUGCUGGUGGCCGACGCGUCCAUGGCUGCUUUCUACGGAGCCGACCUGCAGAACCACGUCCUGACGCUGAUGUCUGUGGCGGCCCACAUCUACAAGCACCCCAGCAUCAGGAACUCCAUCAACCUGAUGGUGGUGAAGGUGCUGAUCGUGGAGGAUGAGAGAUGGGGCCCCGAGGUGUCCGACAACGGCGGGCUGACACUGCGCAACUUCUGCAGCUGGCAACGGCGCUUCAACCAGCCCAGCGACCGGCACCCCGAGCACUUCGACACGGCCAUCCUGCUCACCAGACAGAACUUCUGUGGGAAGGAGGGCUUGUGUGACACCCUGGGCGUGGCGGACAUUGGCACCAUCUGUGACCCCAGCAAGAGCUGCUCCGUGAUCGAGGACGAGGGCCUGCAGGCGGCCUACACUCUGGCCCACGAGCUCGGGCACGUCCUCAGCAUGCCCCACGACGACUCCAAGCCCUGUGCUCGGCUCUUCGGGCCCCUGGGCAAGCGCCACAUGAUGGCGCCCCUCUUCGUCCACCUGAACAAGACGCUGCCCUGGUCCCCCUGCAGCGCCAUGUACCUCACGGAGCUCCUGGACGGCGGGCACGGAGACUGUCUCCUGGACGCCCCUACCUCGGCCCUGCCUCUGCCCACAGGCCUCCCAGGCCGCAGGGCCCUCUACGAGCUGGACCAACAGUGCAAGCAGAUCUUUGGGCUGGGCUUCCGCCACUGCCCCAACACCUCUGCUCAGGACAUCUGUGCCCAGCUCUGGUGCCACAUGGAUGGCGCCGAGCCCCUUUGCCACACGAAGAACGGCAGCCUGCCCUGGGCGGACGGGACGCCUUGCGGGCCCGGGAGCCUCUGCUUGGAUGGCAGCUGCCUGCCUCAGGAGGAAGUAGAGAAGCCCAAGGCCGUGGUGGAUGGAGGCUGGUCCCCGUGGGGACCCUGGGGAGAAUGUUCACGGACCUGCGGAGGAGGAGUACAGUUUUCACACCGCGAGUGCGAGGACCCCGAGCCUCGGAACGGAGGGAGAUACUGCCUGGGUCGGAGAGCCAAGUACCAGUCGUGUCACACGGAGGAGUGCCCCCCUGAUGGGAAGAGCUUCAGGGAGCAGCAGUGUGAGAAGUACAAUGCCUACAAUUACACGGACAUGGAGGGGAACCUGCUGCAGUGGGUCCCCAAGUACGCAGGGGUGUCCCCCCGGGACCGCUGCAAGCUCUUUUGCCGAGCCCGGGGGCGGAGUGAGUUCAAAGUGUUCGAAGCCAAGGUGAUCGACGGCACUCCGUGCGGGCCCGAGACUCUGGCCAUCUGUGUCCGUGGCCAGUGUGUCAAGGCUGGCUGUGACCACGUGGUGGACUCGCCUAGGAAGCUGGACAAAUGCGGCGUGUGCGGCGGCAAAGGCAACUCGUGCAGGAAGGUGUCCGGUUCCCUCAACCCCUCCAGUUAUGGCUACAGUGACAUCGUCACCAUCCCAGCUGGCGCCACUAACAUUGACGUGAAACAGCGGAGCCACCCAGGGGUCCAGAACGACGGCAACUACCUGGCCUUGAAGACCGCCGACGGGCAGUACCUGCUCAACGGAAACCUGGCCAUCUCCGCCGUGGAACAGGACAUCCUGGUGAAGGGCACCAUCCUCAAGUACAGCGGUUCCAUCACCUCCCUGGAGCGGCUGCAGAGCUUCUGGCCCCUGCCUGAGCCCCUGACCGUGCAACUCCUGACAGUCCCUGGGGAGGUCUUUCCCCCCAAAGUCAAAUACACCUUCUUUGUCCCUAAUGACGUGAACUUCAGCAUACAGAGCAGCAAAGAGAGAGCGACGACCAACGUCAUCCAGCCCCUGCUCAACGCGCAGUGGGUCCUGGGAGACUGGUCUGAGUGCUCCAGCAGCUGCGGGGACGGCUGGCAGCGGCGGGCGGUGGAGUGCCGCGACCCCAGAGGCCAGGCCUCCACCACCUGCGACGAGGCUCUGAAGCCGGAGGAUGGCAAGCCGUGCGGAAGCCAGCCGUGCGCCCCGUGA